AAAUGGCAUCACCUAAUUGCUUUAAAAAAUACAUAUUGUCAUUUCGUAUGGAUGUGAUAUUUUAAUGAAAUACGAUUUUAAAACAUUUUCAAGACUACAGGACAUCUGCACGUUGUGCACGCUUGUUUAAUGCUUAUUUGAGGCCUCAUACGUCCAGUAAACUAUUAUUUUAAUACGUUUUAAUAAAAAUGAGCAAACUUUAUUAUGCGACUAAACAAAAUUCUCACAUAAUAGGCAGUGCGCUAGUAGCCUAGAAAGCUCUCCCAAGGACCCCGUAAAGAGACAGUCACAUGAUCUCCCAACGAUGGCAGCCUCCGUGCUAAACAGGAGGGCAUCUCAGAUGUGGUGCUUGUUGAAGGGGAUUUGGCCCUUAUAUGCACCGCUCCCCGUGUCUACGUGUUGUAACCUGAUCCAGGUAGCCAACUACAACUCCAGACCGCUCCGACUGAACAUAAAGGAUGCGUACAUUCCUGACUGGAACAGCGAGCGCACCCCAGAAUGGCAGAAGACUGACAAGUUUGAACGAAAGCUAUACGGAAGACUCGGUUCGGCCUCUGGCGUCGACCCGACCCGUUUGUGGCCAAGUCCCGAGCAGCUCAACGAGAUGGUGGCGGAGGAGCGGGGGUGGUACCCGAGCCUGCAGGAGACGCAGAAGAACAUCGCGGUGAAGGAGAGGGAGCUGGCUAAGAAACGACAAGCAAGAGAGAAGCUGAUUGCUGCCAACAUGGCCAAGAUGCCCAUGAUGGUGGCAGAGUGGCGUCGGGAGGCAAGGGAGCUGAAGCAGAAGCAGCGCGAGGAGAAGGUUCGCAGGGAGAGGCUGCUGGCAGAGGCAAGAGAGAGGUUCGGCUACGCGCUCGACCCUCGCAGCCCCAAGUUCCAGGAGAUGGUGAAGGAGAUAGAGAAGGAGGAGAAGAAGAAGAGGAAGCUGCUGAAGAGGAGGAAGAAAGAGGAGGAAUCGAGGAGCGAGACACCAGCACAAGCACCAGCCACAUGAACAAAGGCACACACCAAACAUGGGGCUUCAAUAACACCACAUUUAGGAUUUGCGGUUUCUAUUGCUGCUGUUCUGUGUUCUUGAUGAACCCAUGAUGAAUUGUGCCCUACCUGAAGUAUACAUUUGGAUCUGCCCAUGGAGCUGGAGGGACUGCAUAGCACAUUCAGCAGAGCAGCGCUUGAAAAACAUUUUGACAUCCACUUCAUUGUAUGUGAUUUAAGAGGAGAGGGCAAUAAAACUUGUUUAAUGUCCUUUGCUUUCUUUAAACUAAUAUCCAUAUAAAGUUAUUUUUACUCUUUUGUCUUAUCCUUCUCACUUAUUUAUCAGUUUAAUCUCUUAUUUUUUCUGUCUACUGAAAAGUGAGUCAUUGUUAAUAUGAAAAUGUUUUGGUCUAGUGUUGCCUUGUAAAACUGAAGCAAGCUACUAACGAGUGGUACAAUUUGUGUAAAAUACUGGUGUAACGUAAAUGUCAAAUGUACGAUAAAACGUGUUUUGAAGUACAAUAAACAUAAUGCAUAUUCCAUAUUA